UUAGGAAUACUCAUGUUGGCCUUGAAAAGGGUAACUCAAAAGCGCCACCGUGUGGUUAUGCCUAAACAUGUCAGAACAGGAUUGUGCAUGCGCAUUUGAAACCUUUCCGCCCGGCCACUAUCAAUCGAUCAGAGAGCCGAAGAUGGCGGCGCAUCGAGCCUGAACGUCUAGAUCGAUCACCGAAUAACUCGAUCGGGUACAUCGUACACUGGCUUGUAUAAGUAUUAAGUUAUUUGUAUUUAGUUAUGAUUUCAUUUUUACAUUAUUAUUGGUCACGGGCCACUUUUGAUUGGGAGAUCAAGGACCUAUCUGGUGUCGCUGAAUCGGCGAUGUGCGUGGGCUCUUUACUGAGGGCACCUAUCUCCCUUCCAUCUUCAGUCUGCGUUUUAUACCUCGUUCAAAAAGUCGAGAAUCCCCAGAAAGCCGACCUAAAACCUCGGGAAAGUGGGAGUGAACAUUUGGUGACGCAAUGUCAGAUCGAUAAUUAUCGAGGUUGAUCUCUGGCGGAAGUAUAGAACAACGAGUUCCCGAGCUUGUGUUUUGUGUGACGACACACGCAUCAUCAACAUGGCGCCCAUGCAUGCAACUGACAUGUAAACAGUAUCAUAAAAGCUAAAAUAUCGUCUUGUAAUCACUAUCAACAACACCAGUUGAUGUCAUUCAAUUGCAGAUGCAUAUAUGACAGCAAUGCUGGUCUCUGACUGUUUAAUUUGGCUUACUUCAGCUAAAAUGAUAUGUCGUGGGUGUGGAGGCUCAAGUGGAGGUGAAAAAAAAGAAAAGAGAACCAAAACAAAACACGCAUGAUUUCCGAUUGUUCCGGGAUCAGUGGCGUUCACAGACAUCAUAUAUGAAGACUAGAUACGUCAUCGCGUAUUUCAAGCACGUCCGCACAGGUCGGCCAUAUUAGAGCAGCCUAAACUCUCCACAGACCCUCCGUUACACCUGAAGUAAACUGAAGAGUUGAAACGUUGGGAUACUUAAAAAUGUAUUCUGUUGCUUCGCUGAAAUAUUGACACGUGUUUAUAAAUGGUAGGGCUCCUUAAAACUUCAGUGUAGACUGGGGUAAAACGCCCAGGAGAGUAAUAGACCUAUGCUUCCCACUUAACCUAUUUGUCCAAACAUUUAGAUAGACCUACAGCAAAUACACAUUUUAACCAUUGCUGUGCAUUACGUUGACGGCAUGGAUAUAUUCAUUGCACCAAAUUAAAGACGACAGAGAUGACGUACUGGAAGAGAGAUGUACAGCGCAACAGGUUCAUUCUAUCUGGAUGGCUUUAGCGUCACGACUCAUUUUGAACACAAGGUGGAGCUGUCGAAACCAAAGCAUAUACUACAAGUGAACGUUUAUUUGUUAUUUUACUGAAAAUAUAAAAUAUUACGUUGUGCAUUUGUUUAUGGGAUCUAUUUAAUUACAUGAAUAAGCCUACUGAACUAUAUUAUACAUGAUUUUAGACCUAUGCACAUAAUAAUAUAAUGUAAUAUAAUAUAAUAAUAUUGUGAAUAUUCAUCACUAUGCAGUAUCAACAUAUACUUUCGUUUGGAAUUUUUUAUACUGUAUAAAAAAACAACCCUUUCGAAAAUCGAUAUAAAUUUGAGGGAAUUAUGGCCAUCUGAAGAGUAUACAACACCCAAAACUCACUGCAACUGGUUGAGCCAGAAGGCUGCUUUAACAUGGCCGCCAUGCGCGGACGUUCGGCUUGCAUGACGGGAACGCGGACGACGCAUCUAGUCUUCAUAUAUGAUGUCUGUGGUGGCGUUCAUGUGCCAAAGUCCAGAACUUGGCUGUCACGUGAGCAGUGUCGUCAGCUGUCUCGAGAGGUCCCGAGCCCGUGAAGGCGACAUUAAUAUGCGACCUUGCCUCCUCCACUUGCCUCCUCCACUUGUUUCUCGUCAUGAUGACAUCACUGACAACAGCAUUAUAUUUCAAUAUCUUGCAAAAGCUCAAUUGUAAAGUCUUUUUCUCAUUUGCAAUUGGGACGGUGAAUGAAAAACAGUCCAUCAAAAUUUGUCGUGGCGAGUCUGACAGCUGGGAAACUUUAUCGUUUUCUCCACGGAGGAGUGGCCAAGAGGCGGGAGACAAGCACAAGUGGAGGAAGCAAGGUCACAUAUUGGGAUGUAACACUGUCGUAAAUACACGACCGAAAUCGAGUAGCUGAGGUAAAAUUGACGUAAAUACUCGGGCGGAUAUCCGGGCACUCACAUCCAGCAGCCUACUUACAUUGGGUUGAUACAUGGCUGAAGAAUAUCACCUAAAGCUGUACCCCCGCGAAUAUUAAUCUUGGAAAGUAAAGCGGGUCCUAGAGGUAAGCACACAGUAUUUCUGAAGCUGUGGUGGACGCUGUGGAGUGGAGAAGGACGUCUCUUGGACACUCCCAACGCGGGACGAUCCCCGGUGUCGGCACACUCUCCCAGUAGCCAGACUAUCGAGCCCACCGCCAUAUAACGGAGCUAGUUAUCUUUUUGAUGCCCCUCUCAAACGUUGCCUAUCAAAAAUGGAUUUCCCUUGGCACAGUGGGAAGGUCUUGGAACAGUUGAAUCAUCAGCGUCAGCUGGGACUGUUGUGUGACUGCUCCUUUGUGGUGGAUGGGAUUGACUUCAAAGCCCACAAAUCUGUGCUAGCAGCUUGCAGUGCUUACUUCCGCAACAUUUUCUUGGACGAGAAAGAUGUCGUGCAUCUUGACAUCAGUUAUGCCGCAGGUUUGGGCCAAGUCCUUGAAUUCAUGUACACGGCCAAACUGAGCUUGAGUUCUCAGAAUGUGGAAGAUGUAUUGGCUGUGGCGACAGUCCUUCAGAUGCAGGAGAUUGUCAAUGCCUGCUCAGCCUAUCAGACUCUGGCAGUCCCCACCACGACGACUGACACUUCUGCACAGGACUCCACUAUUCUGAAAACAGAGACAGCCGACGAGGAGCCAUCGGCGCCACACAAACCAGACGCAACGACACAAGAGGAGGAGCAGCAGGACACCAGCGCUACCUCAGUGACUGAGGCCUGUGAAGCACAACCUCCAUCCUCGGACGCUGCUACAGAGGACGAGCAAGCGGCGAAUGCCAUUUCAGAAGGCAACACAUCAGCACCAGCGAAGGCCGCUGUGGUGCGGGCCUCUCGGAUGCCCAAAGCCCCGUCAUACACCCGAGGCCGGAAGGCCGCAGCCACCCCCAAGAAGAAGGCUGACGCCGAGGAGGAAGAGGAGGGGCCAUCAAAAAAACAACCUCCAUCCUCUGACGCUGCUACAGAGGACGAGCAAGCGGCGAAUGCCAUUUCAGAAGGCAACACAUCACCACCAGACGCAACGACAAAAGAGAAGGAGCAGCAGGACACCAGCGCUACCUCAGUGACUGAGGCCUGUGAAGCACAACCUCCAUCCUCAGACGCUGCUACAGAGGACGAGCAAGCGGCGAAUGCCAUUUCAGAAGGCAACACAUCAGCACCAGCGAAGGCCGCUGUGGUGCGGGCCUCUCGGAUGCCCAAAGCCCCAUCAUACACCCGAGGCCGGAAGGCCGCAGCCACCCCCAAGAAGAAGGCUGACGCAGAGGAGGAAGAGGAGGGGCCAUCAAAAAAACCUAAAUUCCAGUACAAGUCUUCAGCAGCUAAAUCCUACAUGAGUACUCGUAGGAAGAGGAUUGCAUCGAAGCGCUUGCUUGGAUCAGGUGACGAGGGUGAAGAGCAAGAAGAGGCAGACACCGCCACUAAGAGCAGCGAUGCUCCAGCAAAGAAGAGGAGGAAGGAGAGGAAGAUGGCACGGAAGCGGAGGAGGGGGAGGAAGGGGAAGGAAGAUGAAGAUGAGGAUGAAGGAGAAGACGACAGCGGAGGAAAGAGGAGGGCGUCGCGAGUCACCCACAAAUGCACUGACUGUGGGAAGAACUUUACUCACACGGGCAGCUUCAAGAGGCACAUCCGCAUUCACACUGGGGAGAAACCCUUCAGCUGCAAGGACUGCCACAAAGCCUUCUCCGACCGUGCCGCCUGCAAAGCACACGAGAAAACACACAGCCCACUGAAGCCGUACUGCUGCUCCACGUGUGGCAAGAGCUACCGGCAGAUCAGCCUGCUCAACCUGCACCGCAAGCGGCACACGGGCGAGGCGCGCUACUGCUGCGAGGACUGCGGCAAGCUCUUCACCAGUUCUGGCGGCCUCAAGAAGCACCAGCUGGCGCACAGCGGCAAGAAACCCUACCAGUGCGACUACUGCGACCGAGCCUUCUCUGACCACACCAGCAAGAUGCGGCACCUGGAGACACACGACAUCGACAAGGGACACAAGUGCCCGCACUGCGACAAGAGGUUCAACCAGACCGCGAAUCUGAAGGCGCAUAUGAAGAUUCACAUCACAGACGGGCCACUGCAGUGUAAGGAGUGUGGCAAGCAGUUCGCCACCUCAGGGAACCUAAAGAGACAUCUGCGAGUCCAUAGCGGGGAGAAGCCCUACGUGUGUAUGCAUUGCCAGAGGGCCUUCGCUGAGUCCGGCGCCCUGCGGAAACACGUCCGCAUCCUCCACAAAGAGCCCGGGUCACUGGAACAGUUACCCACAGAAGACUCCACAAUCACGUUCGAACGGAUUCCAGGUGGAGCCACAUCAGGCGGUGAUACCCUACUUGCAGACAGCCAAGGCUUCACCUACUCCAAGAAGAGACAAACCACUGUUUGCAUUACCUGGGUGUGCAGCAAAAAGCGGUUGAAGUGUCGUGCCACAGUGAAGCAGGUCGGGGAAUACUACACACGUGGGACCCCAGACCACAAUCACCCCAGCAACCCAGAAAGGGUGGCCACUUCAAAAGCCAGAGCUUUGGUAAAGGGGGCUGUAAUGACUGAUUUCGUUAAGGGUGCCAGGCAGUUGGCGGAGGAGGCCCUGCAGCUCCUUGAUAAAGAUGGGCCACUGCCCGACAUUUCCUUUAAGUCACUGUCUCGUGCAGCGAGCCGGGCAAGAGCUACAGUAAGGCCAAAGCAUCCAGAUGAUCUUGCAUUUCAGUUGGAUAUGGAGCACAUCCCCAAUGGUUUCCUCAGGCGAGACAUCCAGCUUGAAGGGCGUAGACACCUCAUCUUUGCCACCGACCAUCAGCUGAUGCUACUCUCGGACGCCCUCACAUGGUAUAUGGAUGGGACGUUCAAGACGGCUUGCGACCCCUUCGAUCAGCUGUUUACGAUACACAGCUUUAUCCACUCGGGGGACACCAUGAAGCAGGUGCCACUCUGCUACGUCAUGAUGUCAAAAAGAAAAACCGAGGACUACACGGCCGUAUUCAACGCCGUCUGGGACAUGCUGCCCAGAAGCCCGCGGGUGGAAGCAGCAGUUUUGGACUUUGAGAAAGCAGUGUGGAGUGCAUUGCCAGAGGUGUUCCCAGGCAUCGAGAUCUUCGGUUGCUGGUUUCACUGGGCGCAAACCGUGUACCGAAAGAUCACGCGGGUUGGUCUGAGAGAAGCCUAUGUCAAACAACCAGCUGUCAAGCAGUACCUGAAGGAGCUGAUGGCCCUCCCCAACCUCCCAGCCGAGCACAUAGUGGCAACCUUUGAGCAGCUCAGGCGGCGCUACCCAGUGAACAUCAGAUCCAAGGCAUUGGAAGAACUCCUGGAUUACCUGGAGGACAACUGGGUGAAGAAUGCUGCCCAUCCUCCCUCGGCCUGGUCAACCUUCCAGAGGACCGUCCGUACAAAAAAAGAUGUGGAGGGUUGGCACAGGCGCAUUAACUUCCAGGUGAAAGAUAAACCAAACCUUUAUCUUCUGGUUGGAGUCCUACACAGAGAGAGCAGUCUCCUGCCUCUGCAGGUCCGCCUUCUCCACCAGCAGGCCAUCGGGCAGCUAACAAGCAAGCAGGGCAGCUCUAAACAGGCAAAGCUGGAGAAACUGUGGGCGUCUUAUGGACACAUGAGCACCUCAAAAUACCUACGGAAGUGUGCUGGGUUGAGCGACCACUCCGAACCAACCACUCAGUGAUGUUCACAUACAUACAUACAUGCAUACAUACAUACAUACAUACAUACAUACAUACAUACAUACAUACAUACGCUCCAUUAGGCUGACAUUUUAAUACAUACACCGUCAUCCUCCCUCCUUCCCCAUCCCUCCAUCCUCCCCUCUCCCUCCUGACUGCUGCCUGUGUCAGAGGAAGGGGCUGCUUAUUUGUCUGUUUUUUUUUCUGUAAGAUAUUCAGCAUUGUAAAUAAGUCUACGACAAAUAAAAGUGCAUAUAAAUCA